AUGGAAACUGCAGAAGAAAAUAUCGGAACUUUGAAUAGCACAGAACCUAUUGUUGAAACUCCAGACGCUUUGUCUACCUAUAAAAAGAUGGUUGAUGCUGCUACCGUCGCAAUGGAAGAUAUGCAAAUUGAAGAACAUGAUAAUGGCACACAAAUAAUUAAACAGGGAAAUAAAUGGGCGGAAUCGGUGGACAAAGAAUCGGUUUGUAUGAAUCUUGUGAUAAGAAUUUGGAUUACCAUAAGGAUUCAAGUUCGCAUAGGGGAUCAAGUCAUCAUGAUGAACGUGGACCUGAACACCGUGGAAAACAUGGUUUUGGACCUGGCCAUCGUGGAAAACAUGGAUUUGAGAUUGGACGUUGUAAAAGGCUUGGAUUCAGAUCUGGGCAUCGCGGCAAACAUC